AUGCUAAGUGCCAACAAUGCAAUUAUUCUUUCCUUUCACCCACAGCAAAAGAACCUUGAAACAUCUUCUUUACUCACCUUGAAAUCUCCAUCCUAUAUCAAAUCAAAGUCUAUAUAUGUCUCUUUAGAUGUUCUUUCAUUUCCAUCACAGCAACAAGCAGGAAAAAGCAAAAAAAAAAGGCAAACACUACCCAGCCUUCCUUCUCUAAUGGCAACUGCGAUUGUUUCAAAGCCAACAUUAUCUAAAUGGUUCUCCAACAAGAGCUUCAUGCUAAGUGUCCAUCGCUUUCAUCACUCCAAAUCUGACAUUACUUCUCCUUCCAAGGAUGGCUCAUGUCCCCCUGUGAGUACUACUACUCCAGCCAAAGAACAAGCAAGAAAGGAUGAACUCCAAGGAAUAUUUGGUCACUUUGAUGCUGAUGGUAAUGGAAAAAUCUCAGGCUCUGAACUCAGAUCCUACCUUGCUUCCAUAGGGGAAUUCAUGUCCCCUGAGGAGGCUCAAGCUGUGACCAAUGAUCUUGAUGCAGCAGGCGGCGACGAUUUGAUGCUUGAUUUUGAUGAUUUUGUGAAGUUGAUGGAACGUGAAGGUGGGGAGGAUGAUCUGAAAAGAGCAUUUGAGAUGUUUGUAGUGGAGAAAGGUUCUGGGUCUAUCACACCAGAGGGGUUGCGGAGGAUUUUCAGUUGCCUUGGAUACAAACUGUCUGCUGAAGAGUGCAAGACCAUCAUACAAGCAUUUGACCAGGACGGCGACGGUGUGCUUGGUUUCCCUGAGUUUCAGAAGAUGAUGGCUUAA